AUGACGGAUCAGAGCCUGGACGCCCGGUCGGCCGCCCGAUCGGCCGCGACGUCACUGAUAGCCCGGCUGUACAGCGGCCACGACGCUCGCUACGGAAUCAGCACGGCGAGCUGCCAGGUCUACGACACGGCCUGGGUGGCCAUGGUGGCCAAGACCACCGACGGCCGCAAGAGAUGGCUCUUCCCCGAGAGCUUCUACUACCUGCUGAGGACGCAGUCCGGCCACGGCAGCUGGGGCGGCCCCGGGGCCACGCAGACCGCCGCCAUCAUGGACACGGCCGCCGCGCUGCUGGCGCUGCUCAGGCACGCCAAGGAGCCGCUGCAGCUCGUCGACGUGUCGGUCCGCCACGUCUGGGCGCGCAUCGACCGGGCCUACGCCUCACUGCAGAGCCAGCUGCGCGGCUGGACCGACGUGGCCGACGCCAACCACAUCGGCGUCGAGAUGAUCCUGCCCUCGCUGUUCCGCUACCUGCAGCAGGAGCAGCCCGGCUUCGUGUUUGACUCCCGCGCCAGCCAUGUGCUUCUCGGCAUGCGGGCCGACAAGAUGAGCCGCUUCGACCCGGAGGCGCUGUACGGCCGGGAGCCGCUGUCGGCGCUGCACUCGCUCGAGGCCUUUGUCGGCGCCGUCGACUUUGACCGGCUGUCGCAUCACCUCUCGGGCGGCUCCAUGAUGGCCUCGCCCUCCUCCACCGCGGCCUAUCUCAUGCACGCCUCCCAGUGGAGCCGCGACGCCGAGGCCUACCUCGAGCACCAUCUCAAACGGGGUGCCGGCCACGGCGACGGCGGCGUCCCUGGCACCGCCCCAAUCACGUACUUUGAGUACAGCUGGGUGCUCGCUACUCUUGUGCAGGGUGGCUUUUCCAAGUCAGAUCUGGCGUGCGACGAGCUCCACGGCUUGGUUGACAUGCUCAGCCGCGCGUUUGAAAUUGGCGGCGGCGUCAUUGGGUUUGCGCCUGGUUUGCCUGACGUGGAUGACACGGCCAAGGGUCUCUUGGCCUUGCGUCUGCUGGGCCGCGACCACAGCCCGAGCCGCAUGAUCCAGGUGUACGAGGGCCCAGAGCAUUUUUCCACCUUUGGCGGGGAACGCGAUCCCUCCCUAUCGUCAAACUGCCAUGUCCUCAUCACCCUGCUGCACCAGCCGAUGGCCCAUCGCUACCAUUCGCAGAUUGUCAAGACGGCCAAGUUUAUCUGCAACUGCUGGUGGACGAGCGACCACCGCGUAAAGGACAAGUGGCAUCAGAGCCACCUGUACCCGACGAUGCUCCUUGUCGAGGCGUUCACCCUGCUCCUGGACUACAUCGACAGGGGGCAUCUUCCAGACGUGGCAAACCGGACGCUGCAUUGGAAGAUUGCCGUGUCUCUCGUCCAGGCCUGUUCCAGGACCCUCAUGCAGCAGGACGACAAUGGCUCCUGGGACAGCCUCCCAGAGCGGUCCUGCUACGGCAUCUUGGUGCUCCACCAGGCGCGCAAGCUGGCCUUUUUCCGCGACGUCCAGGCCCCGAUACAGGCGGCCAUCGAUCGGGGCGUCGAGUUUGUCAAGUCUCGAGGCUCCGACGCCCUGGACCCCUGCUGGACCUCCAAGACGGCCUACCGGGUGGCUUCCGUGGCGGAAGCGUACGAGCUGGCCGCUGUAAACGUACAGCACGGCUCCGGGGCCCCCGGCCGUGUCGGCCACAGCCUCCCGCUCCCGCUGGGCCCGUCGCAGCUCGCCGCCUACGCGAAGCUGGUGCAGCAGACGCCCCUCUUGGCCGGAAUGCCGGCCUGGCAGCUCGCCGUGUCCUGGGUCGAGUCGAGCCUGUUCAUACCUCUGCUGCGCGAGCAGCGGCUCGCCGUGUUCGCGCGCGACGCCUCGCCCGUCAGCGAGGACAAGUACCUCGAAAUCAUCCCCUUCACGUGGGUCGGGUGCAGCAACCGCGCCCGUACGUGGGCCUCGACGUCCCUGCUCUACGACCUGAUGCGCAUCUCGCUCCUUGGCUACCAGGUCGACGAGUUCUUCGAGGCCGUCGCCGCGCCAGUCGCGGACGACGUCUGCGCGCUGCACGCCUACAUUGACGAGGCGGUGGACCAGGCGAGUCGGUCCAGCAACCAUGUCGCGGGAGCAGAGGCGAGAAACGGCUGCGUCAACGGGACCAGCGCGGCCCCGCCCGGGGAAGCCACGGUCGACGGCUCGUCGUCCCCGAACGGCAGCCACCAGACGACGCUCCCCGACAGCGUCGCCAGCCCCCUGCGAGCGUUCGUGUCGUACAUUGUCCACCACCCGUCCGUCCUGAAAAGCAGCAGGCGGGAUGCCGAGGCCCUGCACCGCGAGCUGCGCGCCUUCCUCCACGCCCACACCGCGCAGAUACAGGACAACCGCCGCUUCCGGAGCCAGCGACCGAGGGGCGCCGUCUUCGCCUCCCCCGGCCGGUGCUUCUUCAGCUGGGUCCGCACCACGGCCGCAGACCACGUGGCCUGCGCGUACUCGUUCGCCUUUCUCCGCUGCCUGAUGUCGGCGUCCCUCGGGUCCGGCCGCGACGUCUUCCUCACCCCCGUGGAGAGGUACCUCGUCUCCGCGGCCGAGCGCCACAUGGCCACCGUGUGCCGCAUGACCAACGACCUGGGGUCCACGUCCCGGGACGACGACGAGGGCAACGUCAACUCGCUUCACUUUCCGGAGUUUGAGCACAGCGGCCCGGCGCCCGGCGCGAGGCAGGCCCUGGUUCGCUUGGCCGAGUACGAGCGCGAGUGCCUGGAGCGGACGCUGCGUCUGCUGGAGAGGGAGGUGGCCAAGGCCAAGGCGGAGGCGGUUGGGGGCGGUCGGAGGGCUUUAGACGACAGGAAGAUGGACGUAGUGAGGCUGUUUGUCGACGUGAACGAUUUCUUUUGCCAGCUGUACGGAUACGUGGAGCGGGACCUGUCGAGCCGCAUUGGCUGA